AUGGACCCACAACCCGGCUCGUCUUCGGUGUCUAGCGAGAGCCCAGGCACCAGCACCCCAGCCGCACCGGGCUCAGUCUCGUCAUCAGUUCCGUCCGUGACCGUCGCGGCAUGCUUGGGAUGCCGAGGCAAGCAUCUCAAAUGCGAUGGAAACACCCCUUGCUCCCGCUGCACCAGCGCCGGCAUUGAGUGUCUCUACGUGCCCUCUCGCCGGGGAUACAAGGGGCCCAGGAGGAACACGGCGCAGAACCCGAACAAGCGCCAUGCGUCGUCCUCGCCCGAGUACGCCGGCCCGACGGGGAGCUGUCCCAUGCUGCUGGGACACGGGGGCGUGUCUCUCGCUCCGCAGACCCUCGCGGGCUUCAACCCGGCGAUUGUGCUCCCGGACCAGCCCCAGCUCACUUAUACGGCGCCCGCCCCGCUGAACAAUGUCCACCUCUACACCCGCAACCCGUUCGCGCCAGGAACCAUCAUGACUGCCGACACGCUAGCCCUGACGACCGCCGCGGCGACUACGCCGGCCGCGCCCCCGGUCCAGCCGCCGGCGCCGACGCUCGCGGAGCGCUGCUUCGACGCCUUCUACCACUACUUCCACGCCGGCCACCCGUUCGUGCUGCCCAAGGAGUACUUCCUGCGCAUGCUCAAGGACGGCACGACGCCCAACCUCAACGUGGUCAUGGCCGCGAUGCGAUACAUCGGCUCGCUGUACGUCGACGCCGGGCCCGCGCGCGCCACCUACCUGGACGAGGCCAUCCGGCUCUGCUACCAGCCCGGCACGGCCAAGGACGGCUUCCUGAUUCAGGCGCUCCUGCUCAUCAUCGUCGGCCUGGACGGGCAGUGCAACCAGGCGCGCGCACGGGAGCUGCUGGCCGACUGCGAGCGCUUCGCCAUCGAGAUCGACCUCAACAAGCGCGAGUUCGCCACCCUGCACGGCCGCGGCAACCCCGUGCUCGAGGAGAGCUGGCGGCGCACGUGGUGGGACCUCUACGUCUGCGACGGCAUGAUCGCCGGCGUCCAUCGCGUGACCAAGUUCCUGCUCUUCGAUAUCCAGGCCGACGUGGGCCUGCCGUGUGAGGAGCAGCAGUAUCUGUCAGGGCGUAUUCCGCCACCCUCGUACAUGGAGGACUUCGACGACCAGGACUUUUCCGGGGAGGACAGAGAGUUCUCGUCCUUCGCGUACCGCAUCGCCGCGGCCCGCAACCUGGGGCGGAUGAUGCGCAUGCCGCCCGUCAUGUUCCCCGGCGACGAGAACGUCAACCGGGUGCAGUCGCUGCUGAGCAACUGGCGGAUGCACCUGCCGGAGUCGAAGCGGGACGACCUGAGCAAGAACUGCCAGCUCGACGAGAUGAUGUUCCAGGCGCACUUCAUCACGCAUGCCUGCACCAUCAUCCUCCACCAACCGCUCUCGCAACUCGACACCUCCCCGACACAGGCGGUCAACUCGUGCGCGCCGCAUCGGGCCGUGCCCUCGGGCGACGUCUUCAACACGCACACGCGGCACACCCUGACGGCCGCCUCAGAGAUCUCCAAGAUGAUCACGCAGGCGGUGCCCAUCACGCACCACACGCACUUCUUCACGUGCGUCAUCACGCUGUCGUCCAUCGUGCACCUGUCCAAGUGGGCGCUGUACUUUGUCGACGACGAGGACCACCUGCGGCAGCAGAUCCGGCUCAACAUCGGCGCGCUCAACCGGCUCAGCAAGGUGUGGAAGGCGGCCGACACGGCGUGGGGCCAGGUCCGCGGCGUCGCGCAGGAGAUCUACCGCGAGAAGAAGGCGCAGCAGAUCAGCCCGGCCUUCUGGGUCGGCUUCACGCAGGAGCAGAUGAUCUCGUCCAUCAAUGCCGACGAGGGCAUCAUGAGCGAAGUAUGCGAGAUGCUAGCCCUAAUGGGCCCCUCCGGCUCCGGCAAGACAACACUCCUCAACUUCCUCGCCUCGCGCCCCAACAAUACCGGAUCCUCCUCCUCCUCCUCCUCCUCAACGUCGGGAACCGUCCUCCUCAACGGCAGCGCCGCGUCCCGCGGCAGCCUGCGCGCCGUGUCGCGCUUUGUCGAGCAGGAAGACGCGCUGGUGGGGGCGCUGACGGUGCGCGAGACGCUGACCUUUGCUUCGCGCCUCUCCUUCUCUUUCGCCGGGUGCACCACCAGCAGCAGCAGCAGCAGCAGCAGGGAGAGGGUGGCGCGGAUCGAGGAGCUGCUGGAGGCGUUUGGUCUGCGCGAGCAGGCGGAUACGCUGGUGGGCACGCCGCUCCGGAAGGGGAUCAGCGGCGGGCAGAAGAGGAGGGUGGGCGUGGCGAGCCAGCUGGUUACGGGGGCCAAGGUGCUGUUCUUGGAUGAGCCGACGAGCGGGCUGGAUUCGGUUGCUGGCUGGGAGGUGUUGAUUGUCGUGGCGUCGAUCCACCAGCCGAGCACGGCGACCUUUAACCUGUUCGACAAGCUCCUGCUCAUGUCGCACGGCAAGACGCACUAUUUCGGGCCGGUCGCGGGCGUGCCGGCGCACUAUGAGUCGCUGGGCUACGCGAUGCCGAUGCACGUCAACCCGGCCGAGUUCCUGUUGGAGAUGGUCAACACCGACUUCGCCGCGGACAGGCAGGCGGCCAUGCAGCGGCUGGCCGAGAUGCAAGACGCCUGGGCGCGCUCGACACGGGCGAAGCAGCUCGCCGGUUCCCUGGCUGUGGUCGAGGAAGGAAAGGGGUCAGGGGCUGUGGAGCUCGACGCCGCCGAGAGGAGACCCGGUCUGCCGAGCUUGGUGCUGACGUUACUGCACCGGAGCUUUGUGAAGAGCCGCCGUGAUGUCGUGGUGUACGGGAUUCGGCUGGCCAUGUACACUGGUGACGGUUCCGCCUUCAUGUCGUUCAUGGCCGUCGCCUACUGUCCCGCCUACCUCGAAGACUACCUGCAGUACAUCAAAGAGAAGCGCAACGGGCUGUACGGCUCGACCGCCAUGCUCCUGUCCAACUUUCUGAUAGGAAUCCCUUACCUGUUCAUCUUCGCCCUCGUCUUCUCCUCCAUCUCCUACUGGCUCUCCAACUUCCAGCCCACGGCCCAGGCCUUCUUCACCUUCGUGCUGUGGGCCUUCCUUGACCUGCUCGCGGCCGAGAGCCUAGUGGUGCUGAUGACCUCCAUCUGCCCGUCCUUCGUCAUCUCGCUGGCGCUGGUGGCUUUCGCCAACGGCCUGUGGAUGAGCGUCAACGGCUUCAUGGUGCCGCCGACCGUGCUCAACGUGUUCUACAAAUACGCCUUCCACUUCUGGGACUACCAGAAGUACGUGUUCGAGAACAUGAUGGUGAACGAGUUCGGCGGGAGGGUGUAUAGCUGCGGGAACGGAUGCCAAUGCAUGUGGCAAACCGAUCUCGCCGAUCAAUGCCUGAUUCGCGGCCAGGGAGUGCUUGACCAGUAUGGUUACAAGCCAGGGUAUAUGGGCAAGGACGUCGGUAUCAUGGUGGGCAUCAUUGUUGGAUACCGUCUUGCGGCAUGGUUGGUGCUGAAGUUGAAGAGCGAUGGCACCACCACCACCGCCACCACCAACACCCGACACCAUCGCCAGAACAAACCCAAACCCGCGCGCAUCCCCCCACCCUCCCAGCUCGCCCUCCUCGCAACCCUGCCCAUCCACCCGUCCUUCACCUCCCGCCCGCUAGAAACCGCCAACGUCCACGCCGCCUCCCACGCGCUGUCCUACUUACGGAGCCUACUCCGCACCGUGGGCCCACUCAACGCCAACUUCCGCGCCGCCCUCGACUUCCGCUCCUCCUCCACCUCCACGCCCAGUUCCCACUACCCCCCCAGACCCAGAAGGACAGGACGAGUAAAUGGGGGCGGGGGCGGGAGCGGGAGCAGGAGCAGAGGCGGGACCCCGCUCUCAGGCGACGACGACACGGCGUCCGCAUCCUCCGACUCGGACGCGCUCGGCGGGCCGUUUGCGUCCUCCCAGCUCGUCUUCCGCCGCGCGCCCGACUUCUGGUCUGUCCUCGGGUGGGCGUUCCGGUGCGCGGCGGAGCAGCAGUCGCAGCCGCAGCAGCAGCAAUCAUCAACGUCGUACGCGGUUCGCUGGCGCUAUUGGCGGGUGUGGCUGGAGUUUGUGGUCGCGGUGCUGGAGGCCGACUGGGACGAGCGGUUGGCCCGCGAUCAGGAGGAGAGCGAUAAGAGGGACGGGUAUCCCAUGCUGAGCGGCAGCUUGCUGGUCGCGUACCUGGACGGGCUGCGGCGAGAGCGGAAGAAUGUGGUGCGCGAGGUGCUGCGGGCCGUGUUUGCCUUCUGCGACGCCGAGAAUCUCGCGUCGGACAGGGCCAUGUACAGGGAGGUGUUUGAGAAGGAGACGGUGGUGGGCCAGUCGGGGAAGAAGAGUAAGCGCAAGAGGGCCGGGGAGGCCGUGGUAGAUCUGGAGAAUGACCUGUUUGGGGAUUACCUGGAUGAGGACGAGUUCACGUCGGAUGAGGAGGACGCGGAAGGGGAGGAUCUGCCGGUGCCGAAGGCGCGGCGGAAGCCGGGGAGGAAGCCCCGGGGCGAGGGCGGCGCGGGCUCCGCUUUCACCCUCACCGACGACAUCGCCGAGACGGUGCCCUUUCGGCUACGGAUAUUCCGCCUCCUCUCGGCAGCGUCCUACUACCUCCCGGAGACCUUCACGCCGGUCGACGAACUCUACGAGAAAUUCACCGACGCCGUCCGUGGCCUCCCGCUGCCCAUGUUCCGCCUCUUUGUCGCGUCGCACCCGCCCUUCCUACCCGCGUCCGUCCAGGUCUCGUUCCUGCGGAUGGUCAUCGAGGCGAUGCUGCCGCGGCACCCGGACCCGGCCGACGUCGAUCCGGAGUGCGAGUCGCGCCACGGCGUGACCGUGCUCAUGAUGGAGGAGUGCUUCCUGCCGUUUGCCGCCAACCGGGUCAUGGCCGAGGACAAUGCCAAGCUCUCCCUGGCACUUGAGAGCUUGUUGUGGUUUGUCUACGCUCAGAUUGGCAUAGAGUACUCGGAGGGGCUGCGCAGGGCGGUCGAGACGGGCAUCAAGGCAAGGGAGCAAAGGAUCAAAAAGAGAGCGGCCGGUGCCGCGGACAAGGCUGCGCGGGAGAUGUUGGCGCGGUCGGCGAGGAGUCUGAGGGUGUUGGUAGAUGUGGUUUCGGCUAUGGGAAGGUGA